AUGAUUGUGUCCGAAAACCUGCGUACGGCGUCGCUGUACAUCAACAACCAGCUACUGUCUAGAGGCCUGCUGCGCGAUGGCCAGAACAUCGACUUUACCAACCCGGGGGAGAGCGAGGAGGAGAUGGGCGAGACCAUGAGCCGGAUCAUGUCGGUGGUGAAUGACUUGAUUUUGCGCCGCGAUCGCGAUGCAGAGCACCGUGAAUCUCUCUCCGCUACUCUCCGCACGCUGCGCGCCGAGUCCCUCCGACAAGCCAACGACAUCCAGCGCCUGCAAGAAAAGAACGCAGAGGCCCAGCGCAAAGCCGGCCUGAGCGACGCUGCCGAAACUGCUCUGAGAGCGCACAUCAAGACGGCCGAGGCGACGAUUCACCGCCUCAAAGAAGAGGCUGCGAGGACGAAGUUGCUGGCCGCCCAAACACGAUCUGCCUGCGCCACAGAGGUCCGCAAGAGGGACCGCCAGAUUGAAGGGCUGAAAAAGGCGGUAUCAGAAGCGGCUAGAGCGAGAGGCGCUAGCAAGAGCCCAGGUGUCACCUCCAUCACAGUGGUUGGCGAUAUCGGCGCCGAUGAACAGGGCAACCCAUUGCCUCCCACGCCCACGACGACGGCCAGUAGCAGUGAUGGGUAUGAUCUCCGUCAGGAAACAAACUCGUUUCUCGCUGAAUUGGCCAAGGGGCUGAGCGAAGAGAAUGAGGGGCUUCUGACUCUAAUCAGGAGGACGACGGAACAGUUGAAGGACAUGAGCGGCUGGGACGCUGGAAUGGUGGACAGUGACGGGUAUGCUCUGUCGUUGCCCACCGGUUACGAUGACAUGGCCGCUGAGAUUGAGGCUGUCCUUGAACAUCUGAGGACGAUCCUUACCAACCCAUCGUUUGUGCCGAUUGAGGAAGUGGUGGUGAGAGAAGAUGAGAUCAACAGGCUGCGCGACGGGUGGGAGAAGAUGGAGACGCGAUGGAAAGAGGCGGUCCAUCUCAUUGAUGGCUGGCGGAGGAGAAUGCAGGCCAGUGGGCGGCCCGUUAAUGUGGAGGAGCUCAAGAUGGGCCUGCGCCUUAGUCCGGUCAAGGUUCAAAACGUGGAAGAGACGGCUCAAGGUGGGCUAGGACUGCAAUUGGAAUCUGUCCAUGAGGGCCAUGAGAGUUAUCAUCAUGAUCAAGUUGACUACCAGGACGAGGACGAGGGUCCUUUGGAGUUGGUGCCUGAGGGUGGCAUAGAGGAACAGGACGACAGCGAUACUUCGAGUGUCUUUGAAGACCAGCAGAUUGAUAUGGACGAGUUGGAUGUUGAGGAGCCUAACGUUGAGAUCCUUCAGCAGUCGGUCGUGAUGCCCUCGCCUCCCGUCGCUCCGGCCCCCCAGCCCAGCCCGUUGCGCGAACAUUUUUCGGCCGGAAACAAGGGUGGAAGAGACGGCCCCAAUUUGAGGAGACGUCCAAAGUUUGCCGAGGAAGGCGUCCGGAGCCGACCCCUUUCUGAAGAAUCGCCGUUACCACCUCCCCAUGCCGACAGACCCCAGCAAUCACCAUCCAAGAAGCCGCUAUUAUCAGUACGGACCGUGCCUUCUGAGGAAACUGGCACGGCUGCGCAACCGCCUUCCGCGGCCGUCUCUACACCUGAUACAUCUAUCUCUCUGGACAGCGUCUCGUUGCCCAAGGCCGCCGCGGCGGAACCGAAGAGUGCAGUCACGAAAAAGUCAGCGCCAACGCCCCCACCGCAUGCGACAAGACCAAUCAAGAAGCCAUCCCCUGCCCCGAGACCAGUAAAGGAAACACGAAAACCUCCAUCUCGGCAACAAGAGCGGGAAGAGAGGAAAACUAGUACUACCAGCACCACCACUACCCGGCAGCAGCAACAGGAAAGCGAAGCCAGGCAGAAAAAGGUCACUUCCCGGCCCCCCGUAACACGUCCCACCAGACCACCCAUCACCCGUGGACGCUCAGAGACCCGCAAAGGGGACAGCGAUACCUCCAAGCCCUCCAAGCCAACCGCCCGCAACACCUCCGCUACCUCGACCACCUCUACCCGAUCCGCGCCAGUCUCAUCGAGCUCCAAGACCUCUAUCCCGCCCAACCCAGAACCAGCGCCCGGAAAAUCCCCUCGCCGCGUGAACUCUCGCCUUCCCCUCCCACGUAACGCUGGCAGCAGCGGAAGUAAUAAUUCCGCCUGCGCAGCUGGUACCGCUACUAAUAACGCCCCGGUAUUGCAACCCCCUCAGUCUCCAACACAAGCCCAGCAAUCCCCUCUUUCCAUGGCGACCAUUCAAGCCAAGCUUGCCGCUUCGGAACGCGAUGCUGAUGCGGCCCGCGUGAGAGCCAAACUCAAGGCAGCAAGGAAGGGCAUCCACCUCCCAGGUCCCGGCUCAGGUCGGGUUACAGCCGAGAAUAGCAUGCCCAACACACCUACCGAAACAAUGUCGACCAAGAGUAUGAGAUCGGAGCAGAGCGACUACAUUCAGUAUCAGCCUGAGCAGUAUGACGAUGGUGAGGAUGAGCUCGGCUUCUCGGCUGUCCAGCCUCAUCAGGUCAUCCAUGCAGAGAAGCCACGCAAACGGGAGAGGAAUUAUGGAGAAGCUGUGGCGGCACGGAAGACAAGCGACAAGGUGGCAAGCCGGAGACGGAGUACUUUGAAUCCAUGGGAGCUGGAGACCUUGAUAAAGGGUGGAAAUGCCGAGUAG